AUGAGGAAGGUGUUCAGGAAGUACAACUUCAAGGUCAAGGAAGACUUUAUGGUCAAGGAGGGAUUCAUUUCCUUCACCAAGCAGAGCCAAAACGUGACCGCGGCCGCUGCUGCUGCUACUGGCGGCAACACCACCGGUACUGUUGCGGCUAACCCCGAGGAAAACGCCGCUCUGUUCUUGUCGCCUGUCGAUGUUGGUGGUCAGACCCUGAACUUGGACUUCGACUCUGGCUCCUCCGAUCUCUGGAUGUUCAGUACCGAACUCGACCCGCAGCUGAUUGGUCAGCACACUGCUUUUGACGCGUCCAAGUCUACCACUUUCAAGGCCACAACCGGUUCUCAGUGGAAGAUCAGCUACGGUGAUGGUUCCGGCGCUGCUGGUGUUGUUGGCACUGACACUGUCACCAUUGGAGGUGUCAAGGUCGAGGGCCAGACCGUUGAGCUUGCAAACCAGGUGUCUCAGUCUUUCGUCCAGGAUACCAACACUGACGGUCUUGUUGGUCUUGCGUUCUCCAGCCUCAACACUGUCAAUGAUGGUACCAAGAAGACUCCUGCAAAGACCUUCUUCGACAACGUCAUGCCUAACCUAGACAUGCCCGUCUUCACUGCCGAUCUCGACCCAGAUGGCACCGGUGUGUACGAGUUCGGCAAGAUUGACGCCACCAAAUUCGAAGGCGAGAUGGCAUGGAUCCCCGUCAAGGCCGACACUGGCUUCUGGCAGUUUGGCUCUACCAAGUUCGCUGUCGGUGACCAGCUGUUCGAGAACCCUCAAGGCUCCGACGCCAUUGCCGACACCGGCACAUCGCUCCUCCUUGUUGACCAGCAGGUCGCUGAGGCAUACUACUCGCAAGUCCAGGGUGCUCAGCUCAACGCUCAGGUCGGCGGUUUCAUCUACCCCUGCGGCGCCACUCUCCCCGACAUGAGCGUCGCCAUCGGUGACUCCUACAUGGCCAAGAUCCCCGGUAGCCAGAUCACCUUUGCCACUGUCGAUGCAGCAAACACGACCUGCUUCGGUGGUGUACAGGGUAACCAGGGUGCAGGUCUGCAGAUCUACGGCGACACCAUGUUCAAGGCGCAGCUCGUCGCUUUCAACGGUGGUAACCAGUCCCUUGGUUUUGGUCAGAAGCCAGUCCCCAAAUAA